CGAAAACAUGGAUACCGGAAGUGGCAGGAAGAGGCAGCGUGAGGUGGAAUCUGAGUCGUCGGGCCUAUCCGAAGAGGAAGAGGACCCGAAAGAGGUGGUUGUGGAGGAGGAUGACGACGAAGACUUUGUGCCCUACGUGCCCGUUAAGCAGCGCAAGCAGCAGAUGCUGCAAAAGCGACUGCAGAUGCGCCGCAAAGGGGUGUUGGAGGAAGACCAAAGGGACAGUGGCAGUGAAUAUCAUGGAGAUGAAGAUGACAUUCCUCUGGGUCCACAAUCGAAUGUCAGCCUCCUGGACCAGCAUCAGCAUCUCAAGGAGAAGGCAGAAGCACGUAAGGAGUCGGCUAAAGAGAAGCAGCUGAAGGAAGAAGAGAAGAUCUUGGAGAGUGUGGCGGAAGGGCGAGCGCUGAUGUCUGUGAAGGAAAUGGCAAAGGGCAUCACAUAUGAUGACCCUAUUAAAACCAGCUGGAAGGCUCCCCGAUAUGUCCUGGCUAUGUCAGAAGCACGGCACGAUCGUGUGCGCAAGAAAUACCACAUCCUGGUGGAGGGAGAAGGCAUCCCACCCCCGCUCAAGAGCUUUAAAGAGAUGAAAUUCCCACCAGCAAUCCUGCGAGGCCUCAAGAAGAAGGGGAUCCAGCAGCCGACGCCCAUCCAGAUCCAGGGUAUUCCCACUAUACUUUCCGGCAGAGACAUGAUUGGCAUUGCCUUCACUGGCUCUGGCAAGACUCUGGUGUUUACCCUCCCUGUUAUAAUGUUCUGUCUGGAGCAGGAGAAGAGGCUUCCAUUCUCAAAGAGAGAAGGGCCUUACGGGCUCAUCAUCUGCCCCUCAAGGGAGUUGGCUCGCCAGACUCAUGGUAUCCUGGAGUACUACUGUCGCCUGCUGCAUGAGGAUGGGAUGCCUGCCCUGCGCUGUGCCCUGUGCAUUGGAGGCAUGUCUGUCAAGGAACAGAUGGAGACCAUCAAACAUGGUGUUCACAUGAUGGUGGCAACACCAGGUCGCCUGAUGGAUCUCUUGCAGAAGAAAAUGGUCAGCCUGGACGUCUGCCGUUACCUGGCACUGGAUGAAGCCGACAGGAUGAUUGAUAUGGGCUUUGAGGGAGAUAUCCGUACCAUCUUUUCUUACUUCAAGGGUCAGAGACAGACUCUUCUCUUCAGUGCUACCAUGCCCAAGAAGAUCCAGAAUUUUGCCAAGAGUGCUCUUGUGAAGCCUAUCACAAUCAAUGUGGGGCGUGCAGGAGCUGCCAGCUUGGAUGUCAUACAGGAAGUAGAGUAUGUGAAGGAGGAAGCCAAGAUGGUGUACCUGCUUGAGUGUCUACAAAAGACCCCACCGCCAGUCCUGAUCUUUGCUGAGAAGAAAGCUGAUGUAGAUGCAAUCCAUGAAUACUUACUACUCAAAGGAGUGGAGGCUGUGGCCAUACAUGGUGGCAAAGACCAAGAGGAAAGGACUAAGGCCAUCGAGGCCUUCCGAGAUGGCAAGAAGGAUGUUCUGGUUGCCACAGAUGUUGCCUCCAAAGGCUUGGAUUUUCCAGCCAUCCAGCACGUCAUCAACUACGACAUGCCUGAGGAGAUUGAAAAUUAUGUUCAUCGAAUCGGACGUACAGGUCGCUCGGGGAAUACUGGCAUUGCCACUACCUUCAUCAACAAAGCCUGUGAUGAGUCGGUGCUCAUGGACCUGAAGGCGCUGCUGCUGGAGGCCAAGCAAAAGGUGCCACCUGUGCUGCAGGUGCUGCAUUGUGGAGAUGAAUCCAUGUUGGAUAUUGGAGGAGAGCGGGGCUGUGCCUUCUGUGGGGGCUUGGGCCAUCGCAUCACGGACUGCCCCAAGCUGGAAGCCAUGCAGACCAAGCAAGUCAGCAACAUUGGGCGCAAGGACUACCUGGCACACAGCUCCAUGGACUUCUGAGUGCUAC